AUGUCAGAGAAGAGAGGAAAGAUGAGUCUCUCACAGAAACAGAGUGUAAGAUCAGGAUCACAUGUGUCCAGCUCUGUGUCUGUGAAGAGUGACUGCUCAAAAGAUGAUCCACCGAAGUUCAGUGAGGAAACACCAUCAGCUACUGAAAGUGUAAGAUCAGGAUCACAUGUGUCCAGCUCUGUGUCUGUGAAGAGUGACCAGUCAAAAGAUGAACCACUGAAGUUCAGUGAGGAAACCCCAUCAGCUACUGAAAGGCUGCAUUAUGAGACAUUAGACUCAGACUUUCAGAUUAACAGGAACCACAAGAAUUUCACAGACAAACUCCUAGGAAUCUUUCAGGAUCUUGAGAAGAAAAUAAUCACAUUUCUAAAAAAUGAACUGGACAUGUUUAAGAAAAUAUUACAAAAAGAGGACAUGCGAUACUUUGUGAAGGACUUUAAUGAGAACAGAUGCAGUAUGAAAGAAGCAGCUCUUGAUCUCACGCUCUACUUCCUGAGAGAGAUGAAGCAAGAUGAAGCUGCUGAUACUCUAGAAGAUGAGCUGUUCUUCAUUCAUCAGCUAAAGUGUAGCCUAAAGAAGAAGUAUCAAUGUGUGUCUGAAGGAAUUGCAAAGCAAGGAGACUCUACACUUCUGAAGAACAUCUACACAGAUCUCUAUAUCACUCAGGGUUGUAGUGAACAGGUCAAUACUGAACAUGAGGUGAGACAGAUUGAAGUUGCUUCCAGACGUCAUGAAUCACAGGAGAUACAGGUUGAGUGCAAACAUUUGUUUGAAGCACCUGAACAAGACAAGCAGAUCAGAACUGUACUGACAAAAGGAGUUGCUGGCAUCGGAAAAUCAGUCUCUGUGCAGAAGUUUGUUCUGGAUUGGGCCGAAGGAAAAGAAAAUCAAGAUAUCAGCUUCAUAUUUCCUCUUCCAUUUAGAGAGAUGAACUUAAAGGAGCAAGAAAAACUGAGUUUGAUGGACCUUAUAACUCAGUUUUUCCCAGAGACAAAAGGACUGAACCUUACGAGAAGAAAUCAAUUCAAAGUCUUGUUCAUUCUUGAUGGAUUGGAUGAAUGUCGACUUCCUGUAAACUUUAAGGAUAAUGAGACGUGGUCUGAUGUUUCAUCACCAGUCUCUCUGGAUGUUCUCCUGACGAACCUCAUCAAGGGAAAUCUGCUUCCUUCUGCUCUCAUCUGGAUCACCAGCAGACCAGCAGCUGCCAGUAAGAUUCCUCCUGACUGUAUCGACCGGCUGACAGAGAUACGAGGAUUCAAUGAUGCACAAAAGGAGGAGUACUUCAGAAAAAGAUUCAUGGAUGAGAAUCUGGCCAAAGAAAUCAUUGAUCGUGUUAAACAAUCAAAGAGUCUCUUUAUCAUGUGCCACAUCCCAGUCUUCUGCUGGAUUUCAGCCACUGUUCUCCAGAACAUUUUAGAGGAGAAAAGAAAUAAUGUUGUGAAAAACAAUCAGACUGAUGAUGUCUCCAAAACACUGCAGGAGUCAAAUACUGAAGACACUCCUAAGACUCUGACACAAAUGUACACACACUUCCUCAGAUUUCAGAUCCAGCAGAGCAGACGAAAGUAUGAUGGAGAACAUACACCAGAUGUUUCCUGGGAUAAAGAUGCCAUCUUUUCACUGGGGAAACUGGCAUUUGAUCAGCUGGAAAGAAACCAUGUGAUCUUCUAUGACACAGAUCUGGAAGCCUGUGGUAUUGACGUCUAUAAGGCAUCAGUGUACUCAGGCAUGUGUACCCAGAUCUUUAAGGAGGAAACAGGGAUCACUCUUGGUACCAUGUACUGCUUCGUUCACUUGAGCAUUCAAGAGUUUAUUGCAGCCCUUUAUGCACAUCUGUUUCUAGACAUGAAGAAGAAAAGUAUAUUUGUUCAUGCGUCUACAAAAUGGAAAUAUAAAAGUAAAACAAUGAUUGAUUUGCUCAAGACUGCAGUGGACAAGGCACUAGAGAGUGAUAAUGGACACCUGGAUCUUUUUCUUCGAUUCCUCCUUGGUUUGUCACUCCAGUCCAAUCAGAGACUCUUACAUGGUCUGUUGAAACAGAAAAAUAGAAAUGAGCAGAGCAAAAAGGAAAUAGUUCAGUACAUCAAGCAGAAAUUAGAGUCUAAUCUGUCUCCAGAGAGAUCCAUCAAUCUGUUCUACUGUCUGAAUGAACUGAACGACCAAACUCUGGUGAAAGACAUUCAGACCCACCUUAGCAAAGGAAGUCUCUCAUCUGCUGAUCUUUCACCUGCCCAGUGGUCUGCUUUGGUCUUUGUGUUGUUGACAUCAGAGGAGGAGCUGGAGGAGUUUGAGCUUCAGAAAUUCAAGAAAUCAGACGAGUGUCUCAUUAGAUUAUCAGCGGUCAUCAAAACCUGCAAAAGAGCUCUGCUAAAUGAUUGUGGUUUAACAGACAAAAGCUGUCCAGCUCUGGCUUCAGUUCUUGGAUCAGAUACCAGUCUGAAAGAGCUGAACAUGAACAAUAAUAAUCUGCAGGAUUAUGGAGUUAAAAUGCUCUGCACUGGAUUGAAAAAUAUUAAUUGCAAAUUAGAGAUACUGAGACUUUCAGACUGCAGUAUCAGUGAAGAAGGUUAUAAAGCUCUGUCUUCAGCUCUGAGAUCAAACCCUUCACACCUGAUAGAGCUGGAUCUCACAGGAAAUGAUCCUGGAGAAUCAGGAGUGAAGCUGCUCAGUGAUUUACUACAGGAUCCAAACUGUCAACUCAACACACCCUAUGCUAUGCUUCUUGCUGCUGGGUGCUUUUUAUGUGUCUUCGUCAUCAUCACCAGUAUUUGUCAUCUGUCAGCUGAAACAUACUGUCUGAAGAACAACUGUAUCACAGAAGGAGGUUGUCAUGUUCUGGCUGCAGCUCUAAAUUCAAACCCUUCAAAUCUGACAGAGCUGGAUCUGAGUGAGAAUAAACUAGGAAACCCAGGAAUGAAGAUCAUCUUGACUCUGUUUGAAAAUGUACAGUGUAGACUGGAAAAGCUGAAUCUGAAGAACAACUGUAUCACAGAAGGAGGUUGUCAUGUUCUGGCUGCAGCUCUAAAUUCAAACCCUUCAAAUCUGACAGAGCUGGAUCUGAGUGAGAAUAAACUAGGAAACCCAGGAAUGAAGAUCAUCUUGACUCUGUUUGAAAAUGUACAGUGUAGACUGGAAAAGCUGAAGUUAAACUGCAUCAGUAUUACAGAUGAAGGUUGUGCUGCUCUGGCAUCAGCGUUUAAUUCAAACCUCAGAGAGCUGGAUCUGAGCAGGAAUCAAAUAGGAGACUCUGGAGUGACAGAAAUCUCCAGUCUGCUGAGAAAUUCACAGACACUACAGAUGCUCAGCUGCUCCUCCAGAGGUCUCUGCGUGAACCUGCUCUGCAGCGCGUGUGAAUGUCAGCGCGAGGAAACAGUUCUGACCACACAUAACCAGCAGCGAGGGGAGAUUUCCACUAGUUCAUCGAUCGCGGAGGGUUUCAUUAUCUCGGGCGGAUACAACAGUCUGAGAGGAUAA